AUGUCGAGUAAAAUUCUGGUAACGCAGCUAUCCCAAGAGGUCUCCGUGCCCACCUGGCUGGAUCAGCAGGAGCUGGAGCAUGUGUUGAGGCAGGAGAUUCCCGAAUUCAAGAAAAUCGAGAGCACUCGCUGCAAGUGGGAAGUGCAGCUGUCGCAGCCCGCUCUCUGUGUUCAGCUUCAGGUUCUUACUGCAGACAACAAGAAGCGCCUUGUGAGAUACCUACUCAAGUCAGAGGAAACCACCUCAGGUGUCCUUAAGUUACCCAUUCAAGGAGACUUCUCAGUGGAGCGGUACAUGUACGAGAACGUGCUCCCCGCCCUGGAGGAGCUGUACAAGGAUGUGGACAAGGUUAUCCACUUUAGUCCUAUGAGCUACCAGUCAAAGCAAAAGUCGAACUGCCUUUACUUGGAUUAUAUCCUAGCCAAGGGUUACUCCGUGGGCAAUACUCAAAAAGGUCUGAAUGUAACCGCCAUGCAAGCGGUGCUAUCAAAACUGGCGGCUUAUCAUGCUGCCACAGCCUGCUAUAUAGAGAGGAAUUCUGGGAAGAUUAGGGAGCUUCCAAAGCUCAGCGGAAAACGAGUGGGUGCGGUGGCCGAGCUCAAGAGCUUGUUGCAAAUGAAAUUUCACGAGAGUCUCCGUGCGAACAAUGCCCGCGAGUACGAAGAUAAGGUGAAAUCAUUUCAAAAGUAUGUACAAUCCCAUACUGAAGCUCUUGAUGGAAAAACGUCUUUCAAUGUUAUCCUCAAUGGAUCCUGCUGGCCCAAUAAUUUACUCAAUCAAGUUGAUGCCUUUGGCAAUGUAAAGGACUCUCUCUUCAGUGACUUUCAUGCUGCUAAAUAUGGUCCAGCGGUCAACGACCUUUUUAGCUUGCUCCUAACUGCUCCGGCUGAGAAAACAAACCGAUUUGAUGGGUAUGUCAAGUACUAUCACGAUCAGUUGGUAGCUAAUUUGAACCUCCUAAAAUACCGGGGAAAGAAGCCCAGUCUCACGGAUCUUCAGUUAGAUUUGCUGAAGUACGGUCAUUGGGCUUUUGAAUUUGCUACGGAAGUUCUGCCAGUACUUCUCUCGGAUUUUGAUGCCAAUGAUGACAUCGAUGAGCUCUUCAGGAACCCAGUUUUUGGAGAGCAGUUGAGGGAGCUACUGCCCUGGCUGGAGAAUCGUGGAUAUUUCGAAGAGGACUAG